GAACCAAAAGAAGCUGAACAAGGAAACAGCAAGGGCCGAAGAAAGCAGAAGUGGGAGCCGUGGACACUGACUCUCCACCGGCAGGGCUGCAGCCUGGGGUCCAGCUCUUCGAGGCUGCAGGUGCCCUCUGUGGGCAAGAUGUCCCCUGGCCGGGGGCUGCCUUGGGCUCUGCUGCUUCUCUGGCUCCCAGGCUGUUUUCUCCUGAGCGGCUCCAGCACCAUGACAGGCACUGUGGGCGGAUCCCUGAGAGUGCAGUGCCAGUAUGAGGAGGAAGACAAGGCACAUGACAAGUACUGGUGCAGAGGAUCACUUGCGGUGCUAUGUGACAAGAUCGUGGAGACCAAAGACUCAGUGAGAGAAGUGAGGAGCGGCCGAGUGACCAUCAGGGACCAUCCCGCCAACCUCAGCUUCACGGUGACCUUGGAGAGCCUCUCCCUGCAGGAUACAGGCUCCUACUGGUGUGGGGUUGAUGCACCAUGGCAAGAAGAUCCUGCCGUCAAGGUUAUGGUGUCUGUGCUCCCAGCACCAAGUUCAAAGCCACCUACAAGUGUUGCUGUAGCCAGGACCUCGACAACCACAACCAAAGUCCCAGCUAUGUCUUUUACCAGCCAUGGGGGUGGAAGCUCCACUCACAGCUCCAGCAGCCAGGAGAACCAGCAAAAUGUCCAGGACUCAAGGCUCCUUGUGCUGCUCUCCCUGCUGGCCGUUCUCCUGCUUCUGUUAGUGGGGCUCUCGCUGUUGGCCUGGCAGAUCUGGCAGAGGUGGGUCAAAGGUGGUGAGCAUUCAGGGCUCAGCCAGAACUCCAGUCAGGCCAGUGAGCAGUGUGAGCCUCAGUAUGCAAACCUGCAGCUGCUCCCGUGGUCCCUGCGGGAAGAGCCAGUGACGCCGAGGCAGGUGGAAGUGGAAUACAGCACAGUGGAUUUUGUCCAUUACCCGGUGUGGUUGGCGCCAACCCUUAGACGCAGUCACCUUAAAGCAGGAUCGUGGAAUGGGCUGCCCCCUGGUCUCCUGCCCCAGUGUGACCCAUCCUUUCAUGGGCAAUCGGCGGGGAAGAUCUUCACUAUACCUCAGUGGUGUUUCAUUCACAGAAGCAGGAAUCUAACGCCAAUGGGGCUCCCUCCCAGGGACCCCAAAAGGAGGAACCAGAGUACAGUGUGGUCAAGAAGCCUGGGAACUGCCUUCUUGGUCCAUCUCCCUUAGUCUGCUCGCUCCAUGGGGACAGCUGAGCUCUCUGCAGGCUAAGCCCUAAGCCCUAAGCCCUAAGCCCUAAGCCCUAAGCCCUAAUCCCAACAGGCUUCGCUGAGGACAAGCAGGAGCCAGGUCUCUCCUCUCUGCCCUGCUGUUGCCCGGCUGUGUGUUCAGAGGAUGACACUCCGCAGUCUCAUGUGACUCCAGGAGAUGCCACGGCUCGCAUGGGAUGACACCUGCAAGUAGCUUUGUAAAUCACAGCCCCAUAGAAAUGUCCGGACCAUGGGCAAGGAGAGCCGAGAGACAGCAAUGACAGGGAUUUGUUCCUGUGCAGAGGGUCACAGGACGCCAUUAAAUGUCAUCUCCCUCCCCAUCUCCUGGAUAAGGACACUGAAGCUCAAAGGAGAAGAGGCUGGCCCAUGGUUCCAGAAUGGGUGGCAAGUUUCUCUAGACUCUUAGGUUUAUGUUUAAUAUACAAGAUAUAAAUAAAGUUUAAACUCUCUUCUUAAGGGAGAAGAAAAAAGUGACUGAAAUGAUGCCUGCUG